AUGAAUGGAAAUCAGACGUACUAUUUUGCUCAUGCUAAUUUGGUUCGGCAGUAAGUUAUGUUGAUGUAAAAUGGAAUUCGGCAAGGUUAGGCUUCAAGUAGGUUUGUAGGCUUGAGUUGAAGUUACGCCUGAGGCUAGGACUUAAACUGGGGUUAUGAGGGUUAGGGCUAGAUCUAGAGCUACGUCUAAAACUAGAGCUAGGGUUAGAGUUAGUAUUAGGGCUAGGGAUCAAGCUAGGACUAAAAAUAAGGCUAGUUCUAGAGCUAGGAAUAGGGCUAGAAAUAGGGCUAAGGAUAGAACAUGGCUAGGAUGACAAUUGACUAAGACCAGGAACGAAGUUAAAAAGCUAGAGCUACGGCUCUUGUUAAGACAAGGGAUAGCUGAAUAGCGCGUUACAUGCCAAUGUCUAAAAGUAUAUCAUCUUCAGACCCCCAAAACCAAUCAAACCCCCAUCAAACUCGAGUGACGUCUACAUCAUUAUAUUAGACUCUGUUAGUGCCAGUAGCUUUCAACGAGCCUUCCAAUCGACUAAGCAGUAUCUAGAACAAAAACACUCAGCCAUCUUCUUUCCUUACCUAAACAGAGUUGGAGAAAACAGUCGACCAAAUAACUAUGCCUUUUUGGUUAAUGAAAGGCCUGAAAAUCUGCCGGCUAGUCCUUGGAACAAGUUUUUAGGACAAGGCAUGGAUGGAAAAAUGUGUAGAGAUUCAAUUAUGAACUAUGACUACAUUGGAAAGGAUUUUGAGCUGGCUGGAUAUCGGACUAUGAUUGAUACUGAUUGGUUUUAUGGACUAUUCGAGUAUCCUGAUUGUAGAGGGUUUGGCAUGGUACCCACGGAUCAUUAUCUACAGUAG